AUGAUGUCUGUAGUUUCUACCGCUUUACUGCCAACUGCUGCCUACCUAGGCCUUCGCUAUCUCUUGGUCUUUCGAUUCAUACAGGGUUUAGCGUACUCCGCCGACUUUGCAGCAAUUGGGAUUCUUUGUGUGCGUUGGGCGCCGCUUUCGCAAAUGGGUCUCUUCAUUAGUGCUCUGACAAGCUUCACCUCCGUCUCUGUUAUCGUUACAGAUCCCUUGACCGCUUGGCUAUGCGAUUCGACGCUUGGAUGGCGGUCAUCCUUUUAUCUCCAUGCAGCUUUUGGGUUUGUCGUCUUCACGCUGUGGGCCAUAUUCUAUGUUGACGAUCCACAUUUACAUCCGAAUGUUAGCGAAAAGGAGUUGGCUAAGAUUCAAAAGGAGAAAACACAGGCCCAUAUCGAUCGAGACAGUUUCGUUCCAUAUAGACAAAUCAUCACUAACGAAGUCGUCUUGGUAAUAUGGUUUAACGCAUUUGUGGAACUGGUGAGCAUAACCAUGCUCUACGUAUACGCUCCAACAUAUUUCAACUCUGCUUUAGGAUUCGACGUUUCCUCCACAGGUACGUAA